AUGCUUCACUCUUCACUUCGCUCCGUGGUGGCUGGAGUCCUCGCUGCCACUUCAGCUGUCUAUGCUCUUCCACAAUCCAACUCAGAUUCAGGAUCAGGAUCAGGUUCUUCAACAGCAUGCAACAACUUUGCCGAUCUUUGCGACCGCAACUACAACAACAUCACACACAUGGGAGCCCACGGAAGCUCCUUCCUAAGAGACGGCAACGACGGUCUUUCAGCAGCAGGAAACCAGAACUACAACGCCACAGAUGCCCUCGACGCUGGUAUUCGCCUUCUCCAGGCCCAGAUUCAUGAGGAAAACAAUGCUCUUCACCUAUGUCACACCUCGUGCGAUAUUCUCGACGCUGGAACGCUUGAAAGUUGGUUGAGCAAGAUCAACGCUUGGAUGGAGGCCAACACUAAUGAGGUCGUUACUCUGUUGCUUGUCAACUCUGCCAAGGCCUCUGCUGCAGACUUUGGAAAGGCUAUCAACGGUUCUGGGAUUGCCGAGUUGGCUUAUGCGCCGUCUGGUCAGAAUGCAACCACGGAGUGGCCAACUCUCAAGGCCAUGAUCGACGACAAGACGCGCCUAGUUACCUUUGUCACCAACAUCGAUGCUUCGACUGAAUACCCCUACUUGCUACCCGAGUUUGACCACGUUUUCGAGACAGCUUUCGAGGUCCCUGAGCUAAAUGGCUUUAACUGCACCGUCAACCGCCCCUCCAAGGUCAAGGAUGGCGCUACCGCCCUGUCCAACGGCAUGAUGAGCCUGGUCAACCACUUCAAGUACCAGAACCUCGCCACCAACAGCGAACUUUUUGUUCCUGAUACUGAGAACAUCGACACUGUGAACAGCGAAGGUACCAGCAAGGAUGGCGAGUUGGGCAAGCACCUCCAGGAGUGUCAGCAGGAAUGGGGUGCCGCCCCCAACUUUGUCCUGGUCGAUUUCUUCGAGAAGGGUCAGGUCCUUGCUGCGACUGACAAGAUGAACGGUGUCUCUGAUGCCAGUGGCCGCGAACAAGUCUCGACAGAUGAGUCCUUGGGCACCACCAACGAUAGACAAGUUGGCAUGGUAGCACUGACAGCCUUUGUCGCUGCCGCCGUGCUCUUGGUGUAA